AUGGAUCUCUUAGCUACAGAGUAUGGAUCAUCGACUGAUGAAGAAUCAGUUUCCCCAAAGCGUUUUGAAGAUGGAUUGCCAACUGCGAAACGUCUUAAAGUAGAUCUCGCACCAGAAGUUAGUUUAGAGGAUCCAAAACUUUCGACCUCGAUUUAUACAAAACCUGGCGAUACACAAAUUCACAUAAAUAUUCCAUAUGAUGAUUUGAAUCGACAAGCAGCAGGACCUAUUAAUCCAUUUGAUACCAGAACUAUUAAAAAAAAUGUUAUCACGGGUCACGUAGAAGAACAAGUUUUUUCAGAACAAGAUUUUAAAACACAACAACGUACAUUUGCAUCAUUUGGAUAUGCGGCGGAUCCGUCAUUAUUAACUAAAGCUAGUGGAAUACCAGGAAUUGGAUAUGUGGGAAAUAUAGAGAAAGCUAUAGAAAUGAAUGGAGCAACAAUUUAUGAUUCAACACCUAAACCAACAAAUAUGCCUCCAAGAAAAUCUAAAGGAGAUUCAGGUAUAUUAGAAGGAGAAAAUGCAUAUCAAGGACCUUGGGCAGGAUAUGAAGGCGAAAGCAUUGGAAUUGCUGAUAUGAUUCGUAAAAAAUCUGAUGCGGAAGCUACAUCUAAAAAACAAAUUGAUGCUGGACAAGAAAAGACAAUAUUUCAUGAUGUAAAUUUAUUGGGAGAACCUGGAACACAAGAAUGUUUCAUUCCUAAACGUUGCAUACAUACUUGGGCUGGUCAUACUAAAGGUGUAUCCGCAAUAAGAUUUUUCCCUCAGUCAGCACAUUUAUUGUUAUCUGCUAGUAUGGAUUCUAAAGUUAAGAUUUGGGAUGUUUAUCAUGAUCGAAGAUGUUUAAGAACUUAUAUGGGACAUAAUAAAGCCGUGAGGGAUAUAACAUUUAAUAAUGAUGGAAGACGAUUUUUGACUGCUAGUUAUGAUAAAUAUAUCAAAUUGUGGGAUACUGAAACUGGUCAAUGCAUUAAUUCAUUUACUACUGGAAAAAUUGCUUACGUAGUCAAAUUUAAUCCUGACGAAGAUAAACAAAAUAUAUUUUUGGCUGGUUGUUCUGAUAAAAAAAUUGUACAGUUUGACAUAAAUACUGGCGAGGUAACUCAAGAAUAUGAUCAACAUCUGGGAGCAGUAAAUACUAUCACAUUUGUAGAUGAGAAUAGAAGAUUUGUUACAACUUCUGAUGAUAAAACACUUAGAGCAUGGGAAUUUGAUAUACCUGUAGUAAUUAAAUAUAUUGCAGAACCACACAUGCACAGUAUGCCUUCUGUUACAUUGCAUCCAAACAAAAAAUGGUUAGCUUGUCAAUCAUUGGAUAACCAAGUUGUAGUUUACGGAGCUAAAGAUAGAUUUCGUAUUCACCGUAAGAAACGAUUUACUGGACAUUUAGUUGCUGGAUAUGCUUGUCAAGUUAAUUUUUCUCCUGAUGGUAGAUUUAUAAUGUCAGGAGAUUCUGAAGGGAAUAUGUUGUUUUGGGAUUGGAAGUCUUGUAGAAUGCUAAAAAAAUUCAAAGCACAUGAUAAUGUUGUGAUCGGAUGUGAAUGGCAUCCUCAUGAAACUUCAAAGGUUGCUACUUGUAGUUGGGAUGGAUUAAUUAAAUUAUGG